AACUCAAUAAAGGACCUGUUUUGUUUCGUUUAAUUUAUCUCAUAUACCAAGAAGCGGCAUCCUAAGUCCUCGGGGCUAUAAUUUCUAUUCGGAUAGCGCACCAACGAUUAUGGCAACCUUCGCGUUAGCAUCGUGGGCCACAAACCUAACCUACACUAACCUUACUGCGUCUGUAGUCGAUGCAGCCGUCAAGAGUAUCUACAACUGGGCCGGCUGCGCUAUCGGUGGCUUCGCGCAAGCUGCACCACAGAUCGCGCUCAACACGUCAUUAUCUACAGGUUUUGGCGGGCCGCCGACGUCUAGUAUCCUCGGCUUGAACGGCUCAGUAAACGGAAAUGAGUUGGGGUUCGGGAUAGAACCGGGGUUUGCGGACGCGCAAGUCGCCGCAUUUGUCAACGGCAUCGCGUCGCACGUUGAUGACUACGAUGACACACAUCUUGCGAGUAUUAUCCACCCUACAGGGGUGGUGGCUAGUGCGUUAUUUGCCAUCGCUGAAGCUGAGUCCCGAUCUCAGGGGGACGGAAAUCGCGCGGCGGGAGUAGUGUCUGGCACGGACUUCCUAACCGCUUUCGUCGCCGGCAUCGAGGCUGAGCUUAAGCUUGGAUUAUCGGUCUACCCAGAACACUACGACGUAGGGUGGCACAUUACAAGCACGACAGGUUCUGUCGGCGCGGCUGUCGCAGUUGGCAAGCUACUAGGGCUGGAUACCGAGCACCUUCAGCACGCGAUAGGAAUCGCUUCUACACAAGUCAUCGGGAUGCAGGCGUUCUUCGGCUCAAUGACCAAGUCGUUCCACAUCGGGCGCGCGACGCAAGGGGGCAUGCUAGCCGCGCUCCUAGCACAGAAGGGAUAUACAAGUUCACUCACAGCCCUAGAAGAUAAAUACGGCUGGUUACAUGUAGUCAGCACGCGCGAGAAUGCAUCGGCCAACUUCGAGCAACUAGGAAAGGGAACUUGGGAGAUCGAGAGGAACACGUUCAAGCCGUUUCCAUGCGGCAUCGUCAUGCAUCCUACUAUCGAUGGGUGCAUCCAACUACAUAACCAAAUACUAGACGAGGGAAAGUCGAUUGAAUCGAUUAAGAGCAUCAACCUGCGCGUAAAUCCGGAAGUACUGGUACUCACUGGUCAGACAGACCCGCAGACAGGGCUUGAAGGCAAGUUCAGCAUAUACCACGCCGCCGCCGUUGCACUGUUAUACGGCCAAGCAACUCCCGCGCAAUUUACAGAUCAAGUUGUACAGAACGAGACAGUCACAAGCAUGCGGAAGAUAGUCAAUGUCACUACGGACAACACUGUAGGCGAAGACCAAGCAUACACUUCCAUAACCUUCGACGACAAUAGCACUAAGGAAAAUUACGUCGAGCACGCAAUUGGCAGCUUGGAGAAUCCCCUGACCGUGGAGGAUCUAAAGACGAAGUUCAUGGACCAAGCCUCGCGCCAAAUCGGAAGUGUGAGGGCAGAGAAAGCAUACAACGCUUUCACGACUAUUCGUAAUAUAACCGAUGUAGGGAAGCUAAGGUCACUAUUCUAACAGUUGGCUCUAGUUAUAAUUGUUGCUAAAUAUAGUAUCUUUAAUGUGGUUAAUGAACAAAUGAUAACUUACUUACCUAGGUAGGUACCUAUGCUUACACGCGAGAGGUCCCGAUGGGGACAUGUCAUGCGAUAUCUAUUCACCCAGAAUGCAAAAAUGGCAAUGCGGCAGCGGUGGCAACAGGAGAAGGUAGUAUACUAGCCCUAUAAGAUCCCACCACCGUGAUCAGGGACAUAUGCUUCAUUUAUCAUUCCGCUGGAGCAGUCUGAAAUAUUCUUUUUCUCCCUUGGUGUUUUAGUUCUUAGGUGCCCAUAUCAUAUCACUUGUUUAUAGACAAGUUCCAAAGAAGAUAGAAAAGGCCCAACAUUUAAUCUGCGUGUUCAGAGCUGUCAGACCAGAUUUUAACUCGCUAAUUACGACACCUUCCCAUCUUCGUCAAUCUGUUUUUCGAAACAGUAGUUUCCAGGGAAACCUCUGAAAUAUUUGAAAGGAGUUGAUACAAGGUCCGUUCCAAAGUUGGCCAGAAGUCGUACACCAGGUUUAGCAGCAACCAUCGGAAACAAGCGACCGCAAAUGUUUACGAAACAUACAUCUAAGAUGAAUUAUGUUAGCUUCAAGAGACGAACAUUAUUGAGCCCCCAAACUACCUAA